CAUAGUAUUCAGAAUUGGUUCUCUUCUCCUCUGUAAUAAAAUAGGGUUUCUUUCUCUGGCCUCUCUUCUUCUCUUCCGAUCCAAUUCUUCUUUUUCCUCUGCUGUUCUCUUCUCGUCGAUCAUCAAUCAUCUUUCAAACCUCUCUUUCCCGCAUCAGUUUCUGCUUCUUGUUUUCUGUCGUCCUCCUGUCUCUGAGUUCCUGUCCUUCUUCCUCUCCUCUUCCCGUCCUGUCGAUCUUGGCGUUUUUGCCCUCGGUUUCGCGUAAGUUUCGGGGCCACCUCAACCCGCGUUUCCAAGAACCCGGUGUGAUCCACACACGUUUAACCUAACAAGUUCGAACGUCGACCGGCAUCUGUUUCAAAACUUACAUUAUCGAAGCUAAAACCGGAGGGAUCAAUCAAACAAAAAUAGAAUGUCAUCACUCGCAGCUGCCAGAGCAGACAACUUCUACUACCCUCCAGAAUGGAGCCCAAAAAAGGGUUCUCUGAACAAGUUCCAUGGUCAACAUGCUCUGAGGGAGAGAGCAAGAAAGAUAGAUCAAGGAAUUUUGAUUAUAAGGUUUGAAAUGCCUUUCAAUAUCUGGUGUGGUGGAUGCAAUUCCAUGAUUGCAAAAGGUGUGAGGUUUAAUGCAGAGAAGAAACAAGUGGGGAAUUAUUAUUCUACAAAGAUAUGGAGUUUUACUAUGAAAUCUGCAUGCUGCAAGCACGUGAUUGUUAUCCAGACAGAUCCCAAAAACUGCGAGUAUGUGAUUAUUAGUGGGGCCCAGCGAAAGACUGAGGAUUAUGACAUUGAGGAUGCAGAAACCUUGUUACUUCCUGCUGAUGAAGAUAGAAGUAAGCUUGCAGACCCAUUUUACCGUCUAGAACAUCAGGAAGAGGAUCUGCAGAAGAAGAAAGAAGCUGAGCCAGUAUUGGUGCGCCUUCAGCGUGUAUCUGAUGCCAGGCAUUCUGAUGAUUAUGCUCUGAACAAGGCUCUACGGGCCCAACUUAGGGGUCAAAAGAAGAGAGUUGCUGAAGAAGAGACAGCUUCCAGGAAACUGGGCCUUGGCAUAAGACUUCUCCCUGCAUCUGAAGAAGAUGCUGCCACUGCAGCACGCAUGAAGUUCCCCACCAAGUUUGACAGAAAUAGAAAGGAGACUCGGGCGGUGAUCCGUUCUUCAUCAAUUUUCCCGGCAUCGUCAUCAGGGUCGUCUUCUAAAUUGAGUUCAAGAAGGCAGGAGCUGGAGUCCAAGAGAAGAAAAAUUAUGGCAGGUGCUGCAUCGAACCUACUGGUAGGGGGUUUUAAACCAUCUUCAUUGUCUAAGAGGGCUGUUUAAGAUGGCCCUGAUGGGUGGCAAAUGUUAGUGUUGAAUUAUAUGUUGUGCUGGUGAGUCUUGCCUUGUAUAGUGUCGUCAGUCGGUGAUAGCCUUUAAGGGUUUGAAGUUGGGUUACACUUUGUGAUGGUGACGCAAUUUGGUUUAUUUUGCUUGCAAAAUGUAUAUAUGUAUACGAGUGCUGAUUUGGAUUUGCA